CCUCCCGGCCACUCGCCUCUCUUCCCCCCGGCUCGUCGCUCCGAGGAAACUUUUUUUUCCAACUCUUCCCCCCUCCUCCUCCUCCCAAUUGAAGGAUCCCUUUGCCCAACGCAUAGUCCCGUUUCCACUUUGGGAACGACUGGCCUCUUCUUAGGGAAGGAAUUCUCCAGCAACAGACCUAGAGACCUUUCUCUCUCUCUCUCUGUCUCUCUCUGUCUCUCUCUCUGCCUCUCUCUCUGUCUCUCUCUCGCUCUCGCUCUCGCUCUCUCGCUCUCUCUUUCCCUCUCUCUAUUGGACAGGGACUCGAUUGUUAGCAAAAGUUUCUCAUUUAAAAAAAAAAUCAUCUGCCUGAGCUGUAUUUGCAGAUCGGUUGGGUUUCUUUUGCAUUUCUGUCUCUAUUUUUAUUAUUAUUAUUAUUAUUAUUAUUAUUUUGGUGCCAUUUUUUGGAAACUUUUUUUUUAAGGGGGAAAGAAAAAACAACCCCAACUUUUUCCACCUUUAAGAGAAGGAGAGGAAAAAAAAAAUAAAUAAAAUGCAGUCCUGUGUGCUGCGCGCCGUCCUGCUGCUGCACUGGGUGCCGGCCGCGCUCAGCCUGUCGACGUGCAGCACCCUCGACAUGGACCAGUUCAUGCGCAAGAGGAUCGAGGCGAUCCGCGGGCAGAUCCUCAGCAAGCUGAAGCUCACCAGCCCCCCGGAGGACUACCCGGAGCCCGAGGACGUGCCCCCAGAGGUUAUCGCCAUCUACAACAGCACCCGGGACCUGCUGCAGGAGAAGGCCGGCCGCCGCGCCGCCGCCUGCGAGCGGGAGCGCAGCGACGAGGAGUACUACGCCAAGGAGGUCUACAAGAUCGACAUGCCGCCCUUCUUCCCCUCCGAAACUGUCUGUCCAGUUGUCACAACACCCUCUGGCUCAGCGGGCAGCUUGUGUGCCCGGCAGUCCCAGGUGCUCUGUGGGUACCUUGAUGCCAUCCCGCCCACAUUGUACAGACCCUACUUCAGAAUCGUCCGCUUUGAUGUCUCAGCCAUGGAAAAGAAUGCUUCCAAUUUGGUGAAGGCGGAGUUCAGAGUCUUCCGUCUACAGAACCCCAAAGCCAGGGUGCCCGAACAGCGGAUCGAACUGUACCAGAUUCUCAAAUCCAAGGAUUUGACGUCUCCAACCCAGCGCUACAUCGACAGCAAAGUGGUGAAAACAAGAGCGGAAGGGGAAUGGCUUUCCUUCGACGUGACCGACGCUGUUCACGAGUGGCUCCACCACAAAGACAGGAACCUGGGAUUUAAAAUCAGUUUACACUGCCCCUGCUGCACCUUUGUGCCGUCCAAUAACUACAUCAUCCCCAAUAAAAGCGAAGAACUAGAAGCGAGAUUUGCAGGUAUUGAUGGCACCUCCACAUAUACCAGUGGUGAUCAGAGAACUAUAAAGUCCACUAGGAAAAAAAACAGUGGGAAGACCCCACAUCUCCUGCUAAUGUUGUUACCCUCCUACAGACUGGAGUCACAACAGUCCAACCGGCGGAAGAAGCGUGCUCUAGACGCAGCCUACUGCUUUAGAAAUGUGCAGGAUAAUUGCUGCCUACGUCCACUUUACAUUGACUUCAAGAGGGAUCUUGGGUGGAAAUGGAUCCAUGAACCUAAAGGGUACAAUGCCAACUUCUGUGCUGGGGCAUGCCCGUAUUUAUGGAGUUCAGACACUCAGCACAGCAGGGUUCUCAGCUUAUAUAACACCAUCAACCCGGAGGCAUCCGCCUCUCCUUGCUGCGUGUCCCAAGACUUGGAACCUCUCACCAUCCUCUAUUACAUCGGCAAGACCCCCAAGAUCGAACAGCUGUCCAACAUGAUAGUGAAGUCUUGCAAAUGCAGCUAAGAGCCUUGGGAAAGUGGCAAGAUGGUAACCACAUGAUGAUGAUGAUGAUGAUGAUGAUGAUGAUUUGAUCACAACGUAACAAGUUUGUAAGGAGGAACCUAAGAGAGCUUGCUUUGUCAGUGUUAAAAAAAAAAAAUCCUUUGAAAAGCGGUACUAGUUCAGACACGUGGAAGUGUGCGUCCUGUUUGUUAAAACUGGCAUCCAAAACAAAACGAAGCAAAAAACAACAGCAACAACAACAAAUGCGUGGAAGGCUUGAUUCUACAUUGCACCUACUCCGUAAGUGAGAGAGACAAGAAGCAAAACCUUUUUUUUUUUUUUUAAGGAAAAAAAUAAAUAAACACUGGAAGAAUUUGUUAGUGUUAAUUAUGUGAAAGGAAACAACACACACACA